AUGGGCGAAGUAGGUGAAGUUAUACCAGAAAAAUCAGAAGUUGAACAAUUACCUGCCACAAUAACAACUCUUUCGUCAAGUGUCAACAUUGAUUCAACAACUGUAACUUCUGAUGCAUUAGUAACUCCAUCCGCCCAACAAAAUGGUGAUGUUGUCAAAGAGGUUAAAACAUCGCCUUUAAAGCUGAUGGUCUCAGAGACCGAUGAUGAAGAUUCACAAACGAGUUGUGGUGACAAUCAAAGUGACACCAAGGCUGGAGGCGAAAGUGCCACAGCCAAUGGCGAUGCUGAAACCUCACAAGACGAAAGCGAAAGUAGACGGUUAUCUAAAGAUGAUGUCGAAACAAAAGACUCGGCACUCGAUAACGGAAGUGAAGAGGAUGAUAAUGAGGAUGAGGUGUCAGAAAAGUCUGAGAAAUCCGAACAGUCAGAACAAACUGAGAAAACAGAAAACACAGAUGUGAAAAAGAAUGGCAACUCAACUGAGAACGAAGAGGAAAGUCAAGAUGAUGCAGAAUCAGAGGCACCAACAAGUCAGGACGACGCCGAAGAGGGUGAGGAUGGUGAUGAUGGUGACGACAGCCAAGAUGAAACAUCUCAGUCUGCUACCAACGAUGAAGAAAGCCAACAAUCAAGCCUGCCCGCCACAAAAACGGAAAAAGAAAAAAUAGUAGAGAAAAGUGCUCCAAAAGCUGUCACAGUCACUGGCACCGAACAGAAAGUUAAUGGAGAUGUAGUAAAGCCAGCGACAGUGCCAACACCAACGGCAGCGCCAGCGCAAGUGCAGGAUGAUGAUGGUAUUGUCGAUUUGGGAGAAUCGGAUGAGGAAAUGCCAAUGGCAGAUGAAACGCCAAAGCAAGAAGCUGAAGAAAGUAAUCCUCUUAAGGUGCCCGAACCCACUACAUUAACUGAGGCGACAAAACCGAAAAGUAAUUCAAAUGACUCCGAUGGUGCGGUUGUUAUUGGUUCAGAUUCCGAAGCUGAACAAGAAGACACAAAAAUUCCAGCGCAAAAGACUCCUCCUGCACCUCCUGCUCAAUCACCCGCAGUAGAACAACCUAAACCGCCUCAACCCCCAAAGCCUGACGACGAUGAUGAUGAUUGUGUUCUUAUAGAAGACGAUAGUCCCAGCGAAGCUUCGGAAGCCGGCAACAACGUUUCUGGCAUACAAAACAAGAACUUGGUAAAAGUACGUGACUUCGCCUCAUUCGGAGAAGAACAGAAAAACGAUGAUGCUCAGCCAUCGCCUAAACGUCAAAAAACAUUUCAUUCUCCUUCAACACCGCAAAUGGCACAAAUCACAAUCAAGGAUGCACGUUCUCUAAUGCCAGGAACGCCUAACACCUCCCAGCCAGCGUCUGUGGUCAUCCUCGAUACAGAUUCUAACAAACUCGCACCUCCUCUACCUCCAGGCGGCAUUUACCCGGUGAAUAUUUUACCAGCUGGACCUACGAAUCAAGCGCAAUCAACAACGGGGCCAAAGGCUAUCCCUACCAUGCCCGUAAGUCCAGCCAUUCCCGCCUUACCAACAAUAUCGAACGCCAACCUUCUGCCUGGUUUGACAGACGACAUGUUCGUUCUCGAGGCUCCAUCGUUUAUUGUCCCUUACAUUUACGAGAAACCUCCAUCGGACAACCUGCGCGAAAUUGUCACCCAAAUCGAAACAAAGUUUGACUUGAAAAAACAACCCAAUGCCCAAACAGAGGAUCUUGAUUUGGAUUUAGAAGAAGAUGGCAAAGAAAAUGAAGAAUCUUCUAGUAAAAAGAAGAAAAGAAAGCGUGGCAACGGCGACGAUUCCUGGUCGGAAUCUGAAGACGAUGAUGACGACGACGACGAUGACUCAGACAACGAGACUCGUACAAAAGUCCUUAUUAAGGAGGCCAGUGAUGACCUGAAAACCAUCAAAGCCGUGAUAAAGCCAAUUCAUACAGAAACUGUCUCAUCAACCGCAGGAACACCUACAGCAGGCAACAAAUCCCAAACGGGAACAGAUAAUUAUUUCGAGAGCCCCUUGGGUAAAUUCUUCAUAGACAUUGGUGUUGGCCUGGUGCAGGAGUUUGUCCAAGCUGACUUGAUUCGUAUACAAAAACGCAAGAUGCGACGUUCGUUGGGCAAGAACAUAACGGAGAUUGAAAAGGCAAUUAAUGCAUUGAGUGGUAACUUAGAGGCUAGCAAGAAAAGAAAUGCUCCGUUUAAGUUCAACAUCAAACGUUGCGAGUUUUGUAAUUUCAAAUCAGAAUCUGCCCUGGCAAUGGCACACCACUACGAGACGCCACACAUGAAUGGCGCUAUGUACAAGUGUAACUUCUGUACAUACGAAGUGAGAAACUCCUCAGAGAUCGUGUACCACAUGGAGGCGAUGCACAACAUCAAAGCCAGACUCUUUAAGCACUUGCCAUACCAUCAGUGCCCGAAUUGUGGAUUCGAGGACAACGGCAAGGCUAAGUUGGCCAGACACGCGCCAGUUUGCCAGAAGAAAUUCCGCCCAGAGUUAAAUUUGACACCUCCACACGAUUGGGAGGCUCCCGCCAAGAUACCCAGAAUUAAACCAAGACAUGGAUUGGUCGGAACUGCUACAGCUUAUCAGGCUAUGGCGGCACAAGCUGCAGCUCAAAAAGCAGCGUUGGCAACAAUACAACAGCAACAACAGCAGGCGCAACAAGCUCGUAACAUACAAGCUGCUAUGGCCAGUAAUAAUGCCAACAAGGGUAUAAUGCGCGGCCGACAACAGCCACAACCGGUAAAGUCAACUCCAAACGGUGGAAAUAUGUUGAGAGGAACUCCCGUUCGGCCAACAAUGCCAACUGGUAUGGUAUUACCAAACAACUACCAAAUUGCAGCUGGACAAUUGAUUCAGGUUACGGGUUCGGGUAUAGCGAUCCUGCCAACAACCCAUAAUACCCUAACACUGCAGGCAGCAAAUGUGGGGUCAACUAAAAAGAAUCAAACCGGUCAACCAAGCAUUUCAAUCACACCUCUACCUCGUCAAAGUAGCUCGCAACAAGCUCAAUCACAAGCCCAAGCAGCUGCUGCUAACAAAAUGCCACCAGCAGGAAUGAAACCAGGACAGAAUUUAAGUGGGAACAAAGCACAGUUUGUUAUAUGUGAAAUAUGUGAUGGUUAUAUUAAGGAUCUUGAACAGCUGCGAAAUCAUAUGCAAUGGAUGCACAAAGUCAAGAUUCACCCCAAAAUGAUCUAUAAUCGACCGCCUUUGAAUUGUCAGAAAUGUCAAUUUAGGUUUUUCACAGACCAAGGUUUGGAGAGACAUUUGCUUGGCUCUCAUGGUUUGGUAACAAGCUCAAUGCAGGAAGCCGCUAAUAAAGGCAAAGAUGCUGGUCGAUGUCCUGUGUGUGGAAGGAUGUAUCAAUGGAAGUUGCUUAACCAUGUAUCCCGUGACCAUCAUAUGACCCUUAAACCUGCACACCUAUCCUACAAAUGUACGGUGUGUACGGCGACCUUUGGCAUGUACAAACAAUUCGAGACACAUGUGUACACCGCUCAUAGUACGGUUGCCAAAAAGGCAAUGGAUGGCAAAAAGAAUAACGCCGGCAGUAGCAGCAUGACAAAUAACAGCAGCAGUAGUGGGACAAGUAGUCGAAGUGGUUUGUCAGCGGCAAAUGAUACUUUGCUUAAGCCUCUUAAGAUCAACGAUGAAAUUACAAUUAUUCCACAGCCGGCGUCUAAAAAUCGAUCAUCAAUGAAUAAUAUAGAAAGUCAUGUUAUUGAUUAAAAGAAAACCUCGUUGUAAGAGUGUGUAAAUUCACAAUUAGAAAUCGGCCAUAUGAGUGCUCUCCAGUCGCUCCUCUCAAAGCGACACAGGAUUUCUCAAAGGAGGACCUUCCUCAGAUGAUUAUUUGGCCGAUAUGUAUUUGCAAACAUUCGUAAAUUUAUAUUUUUAUUUCAUAGACCUCCGUUUUUUUUACAAUUGCUUAAAAAGAGAAACUUGUAAUGUGUAGAAUAAAAACAAAACAAAAAUAGUAAAUUUUGCAUAUACCUAAUUAAAAACAAAAAAACAGCAAGAACUUAUAUACAAAAUAGACUAUCGAUUGGUUUGCUCGUAUUUUGAAUGAUUUGAAUUUUUAUUUCAUUAAGUACAUACAAAUAAAUAUAUCUUUUGCUCUUUUAUGUUCAUCAGAUCAAUAAAGUAACUUUUAAUUCUCUUUUUAUUAGGAAUAUAAGAUACUGUUUAGGAUUAUUCUAUUAUUAUUCAAAACAAAAUACUAUUAAAAAAAAUAAUAAACAAAUCCCAUUUGCAAAAAAAAAAUGAUAAAACAGAAAAAAAAAACAAUGGGUACCUCUGUAAUAUAAUUAUUUAUAAUGUAAAGAUAUUUUUUUUUAAUACAAAGAACAAACAUUUUUUAACAUUAAGAAAACAUCAUUAAAUGCACAUCCGCAAAGCAUUUGUUUCUCAUGGUGUAGCAUAAUAAAUAUAUAUAUAUAUAUAUUUAAAAAACGAAAGAAAAAAAUAUAUAUAUAUAAAUAAAAAAAAAACAAACAAAGAACUUGCAUUAAAUGUUAAUACAAAUUAAACAAAAUCUAAAUUUUUAGAUACACAAAUGAAAUACGAAUAAAAGUUAUAAUUAUUAUAACGAUAAAUAAAAUAAAAAGGAAAAUUACUUUAAACUACUGAUUUUUGAGAAUUAUUUAAUAAAAAUAAAAUUAAAUUAAAUAUAACAGAAAAGGACAAUUUAUUUCAAAUUAAUUUUUAGUGCAUAAAUAAUAUUAUUAUUAAUACAUAUAAAAUAUAUAUAUAUUUAAAUUAAAACAAACAAAACAAAAUAAUUCAUUGUAAUAAAUUUGAGUAUAAAAAAAACACAGCGUUAGGAAAAAAAUAAGAAAUAAAAUUUAAUUAAAAAUGGUA